CUAACUCUGUCGCACUUGCUGCAAAUGUUUAUUUACAAAUUUUACUCUUUUGUUAUUGUUCGGUAUCAAGUAAUAUUUACGCUGUUUCAAAAUAAUUUAAUUCCAAACAGGGUUGAUAGUGAGAAGCAGCAAAAGUACGUGAUAACAGUGUCCAGUUGAUCAUUGGAAACACAAGAUUGUGUAUAUUUGGGAAUGAACCAGCCGAUUAGGGGUAGGAAGCAAAGAUACACAAAUAUUUGUGCAUAGUCAUCUAUCGCAAGUGCAUCGAAAUGGGUUAUCAAAAUAAAUGAAGGUGGAACAUGUGUAUUGUUCUUUUUUAUCUACUUGUGUUAUAGAUACCAAUCUACCAGUUUUUUUGUAACAAAUUUGAUACAAGAAGUGUAAGACAGUGUUUCGAUUUAUUAUUAAAAUGACAUGAACAUCAAUUGAUCAGUCAGAUUGUGCGGCGCAUAUAAAGCAGAUUAGUCAUUUCUACUCACCAACAAAGUCAGUUGCAAAACAACAAUUUGUUUAAAUAGUAUUCUGAAAACUAAAGCAUCGAGAUUAUUUGAACUGAUAUUACAUUAGCGACAAUCGGUCAGAUCUAGGUAACAGAAUGAUAAGAAUCGACCUGAGAAAAUGGUGAUGAUAAGCUGAAGCUGAGUGUAAAUAAAAAACUAAGUAGUGAUUGCAUUUUCGCAAGUAAAAUGGAUGACAACGAGCAACUCACGCAACUUGAAGGCACAACCAAUUCAACGGAUGCGGAUAAGAUCAAGUUCGAACGAAAGUAUCGGUUCUUUAUUUUGGAACCGGCAAUUUUGCUGUUAUUCUACGCAUGGAACGUCUCAUCCGCGGUCUUCACAAAUCAAAUUGUCUAUCAGACAUGCACGGUCACGUUGGGAAUCAACCAGUCGGAGUGUGCCUUACUAGGAACAGAAAACGAAACCGAAGCGACAAAAGAUUUAGAAAAAACAGUUCAACCGUACACAACAAACAUCCUGAUGGCAAAAUCACUUAUCGAAUCGAUAAUUCCGGCUCUAUGUAGUAUGUUCAUAGGACCUUGGUCGGACAAAUACGGACGGAAGCCGGUUCUUCUGUCGACUUUCAUCGGAUCAUUUUUCAGUUACUCGCUACUAGCACUGGUGUGUUUUCUCUCCGGACGGUCCCCGAUUGAUCCGUGGUAUUACAUUUUGGCAUUCAUUCCGGCGGCUUUGUCCGGUGGCAAUUGUGCCCUAAUCACCGGGGUCUUCUGCUAUAUCACCGAUGUAACUAGUGAGCAAAACAGGGCCAUUAAAAUGGGUGUUCUUGAAGCUUCAAUCUUUGGAGGUUUACUGUUCGGAACACUAAGCAGUAGUUACAUUUUAUGCUGGACCAACUCCACAACAGUUUUCGCCAUAGCUGCUGUAGCAAUUUUAGUUGGAACACUUUACAUUGCGUUUUACAUCGAAGAAAGUAUACGACCAAAUGAGCUUGACAGUGCUUCCUGCAAGCUUCGGGAGAUUUUCCGCUUCGAACUGGUUGCGGAUUUAUUCCACACUUGCUUCAAACGGAGACCAAAUUUCGACAGGGUUAUUAUUUGGUUAAUCAUUUCCGCGUUGGGAGCUAGUAUUUUUGCAAUGGGCACCGGAACCGUUUAUUUUCUCUUUCUCAGAGAACGCUUCGGUUGGACCGUCAAGGAAUUCUCAUUUUAUGAUGCCACUAUAAUAGUGUUCAUGAUUAUCGGCAACCUCGUUGGCGUGUAUGGGGUGAAAAAAUAUUUUGGACUAUCCGAAAGUGUCCUGGCGGCGAUUGGAUUCUGUUGCUAUGCCAUCGACAGCGGGAUCAGAGGGGUAGCCUACCAGCCUUGGCAUCUAUAUUUGGCAAUUGUGAUCACAAUGAUGAAAGGCAUCGCUGGGCCGAUGGGACGCGCUGUGAUAUCUAAUACCGCACCACCUAACGAUAUUGGAAAGAUAUUUUCCCUGACGACAUCUAUCGAGUCACUGACUCCACUGAUAUCAGCUCCGGUGUACACGUACGUGUACAAGAAGACCCUUCCCUGGUACCCAGGAGCAUUCAAUCUUAUUAGUGCGAUAGUUUAUUUCUUUUGUUUGUGUCUUAUGAUACUCGUUAAAAUAUUUGAAGGGAUGUACCAAGCCACUACGUACACAUCAAUCAAUUGAAAAUAGUUUUAUAGCGUAACAAGUUUAAGGUAGCAUAUUAUUAAAAUUUUAUAGAGACAUAUUACAAAUAUUUUUUGAUAAUAUCUAAUUAAAUUGGAAACUAGUCAAUUA